UCUUGAAGGAUUUGACAUUUAUCUUACACUCAGGUGCACCUAAAAAGGAGUUAUUUUGUUUAGAUGAUUAAAUUCACGAUUUUUUUUUUCUUGUUUGGAAAUUCACUAAAGCUGUUUUUAAAACAAGCAAUUUAGCACAUUUAUUUAUACUCAUACUUGGUAACUUUGUGUUUAAGUUGUUUAAUAAAUUCAAUUUUUUUUGCAAAUAAUCGGAAAAAAUGUUUACCCCGUACAACCUAGAAUGACAAAGAUUUUCAAAUUCGUUUAUCUGAAUAUGACACCAAAAACUGAAUCGACCUGUAAAAAUAAAACAAUUACCGAACAAGGUUAAGUACCGUCUGCACAAUAGUUCAAAAUCAACCCUUUUCUAGGUUCUUUUUUUUUUUUACUGGAGAAAUUCGUUCUCGUGUGGAAAAUUAGAGUACAUUCGAUGCUGAUCAUAAUUAUGGUAAAACCAGUUUAUGUUGAGUGACCUUACUCCACUCUCAAAAAAUUAAAUAAAAAUACCCUCAAAAAAUUUCAUACUCCUCUUUAUUCUUCCUUUUCGAUUAUUAAAAAAAAAAAACAGCGCCAUUUUUAGCAGAAAAAGGAGAGAAAGAAGAAAGUAAGGAGAGAGAAAAUGGCGGCCCCAGAGAAGCCAUGGAAAGCAGAGUAUGCGAAAUCAGCGAGGGCUGCUUGUAGAACUUGCAAGAACAACAUUGCUAAAGAAAUUCUUCGUUUUGGCAAAAUGGUUCAAUCUCCACAUUUUGAUGGUUUCAUGCCUAUGUGGCACCAUGCCACCUGCAUAAUGAAGAAAGCGAAUCAGAUUAAAUCCAUUGAUGAAAUCGAAGGCAUUGAAUCUCUUAGAUGGGAAGAUCAGCAGAAAAUCAGAAAGUAUGUAGAUAGCAAUGGACUGGAUAGUAACACUGUUGCUGCUGCUGCUGCUCCUGCGUCUGCUCCUGCAGCAUAUGGUAUUGAAAUGUCCCAAACUUCUCGUGCGACAUGCAAGGGCUGUAGCCAAAAGAUAAUUAAAGGACAGGUUCGAAUAUCUGCCAAGAUUGAUGGCCAAGCUUCUAGAGGUUUGUCAUGGUAUCAUGCCACUUGUUUCCUGGAGUCAUAUCCUUCCACCUUUCCUGACAAAUUAUCUGGAUGGCAAAGCCUUUCAUCGAGUGAUCAAGCUUCAGUCCAAGUUGCUGCUAAGGGAAAAGCUCCUUCUGCAGAGAGUGGUCUAGGAAGUAGUGAGAAGUUUUUAAAAGAUUCAAAAACCAGAGAUGGGGCUAAGCGGAAAAAUGCUGGUGGCAGUGAUCAGGAUGCCAAAAUUGUGAAAACUGAUGCUGAUAUGAUGAUCCGUCAGUGUGGCUCUCUAACUAAAGCUUUGGACAGUGGGGAUGCUGCUUUGGAAAGUAGAUUGGAGGUUCAGACCAGAGCGUUAUGGGAUCUGAAAGAUGAUUUGAAGAAACAUGUUUCAACUGUGGAGUUGCGACAGAUGCUUCAAGCCAAUGAACAAAGUACAUCGGGCUCAGAGCUUGACUUGAGGGACCGUUGUGCUGAUGGCAUGAUGUUUGGAGCGCUCGAAAGAUGUCCUAUGUGUUCUGGUCAUCUUUCCUUUUCUGGAGGCAUGUAUAAGUGCCACGGCUUUAUCUCAGAGUGGAGCAAAUGUUCCUACUCUACUAAUCAACCUGAAAGAAUCAAAGGGAAGUGGAAAUUACCAGAAGAGACAGAUAAUCAAUAUCUUCUUAAGUGGUUUAAGUUACAAAAGGCAGCUAAACCUGUUAGGAUACUACCGCCUUCAGCUUCCAACACGUCUGAUGGAAAUCAUAGUGCUAAUGGACAACUCAAGUCUUUUAAAGAUGAAAAGUUGGAGGAUCUUAGAGUUGCUAUUGCUGGAUUACCUAAAGAAACUGUGGAAGAUUUUAGAAGCAAAAUCGAAGGGGCUGGAGGCCAGGUCCAUGCCAAAAUCAAGAAAGAUACAAAUUGUUUGGUUGUGGGUGGCGGGCUUAGUGAUCAACAUGCCGAGCUGAAGAAAGCAAGGAGGAUGAAAAUCCCAAUUGUUAGAGAAGAGUAUCUGGUUAACUGCAUCCAAAAGCAGAAGAAGCUUCCAUUUAAUCUGUACAAAAUGGAAGCCACUGGAGAGUCUUCUAGCAUGGUUACUGUCAAAGUUAAAGGGCGAAGUGCUGUUCAUGAAGCUUCUGGUCUGCAAGAUUCUGGUCACAUCUUGGAGGAAGGUCCCAGCAUCUAUAACACUACUCUAAGCCUGUCUGACCUGUCAUCCGGAAUUAACAGUUAUUAUAUUCUUCAAAUUAUACAAGAUGAUAAAGGUCAAGAGUGCCAUGUAUUUCGGAAGUGGGGUCGAGUUGGAAAUGAGAAAAUUGGAAGUAGCAAAAUUGAGGAAAUUUCGAAAUCAGAUGCAAUUGAAGAAUUCAAACGGCUAUUUCUGGAGAAAACUGGGAAUCCUUGGGAAGCUUGGGUGCAUAAAAAGAACUUCCGGAAGCAUCCUGGACGAUUUUUUCCAUUAGAUAUUGAUUAUGGGGUCAAUAAGCAGGCUCCAAAGAAGAAUCUGGAUGAUAGUAACAGCAAACUAGCCCCUGCAUUAAAAGAGUUGAUUAAGAUGCUUUUUAAUGUGGAAACUUAUAGAGCUGCUAUGUUGGAGUUUGAGAUCAACCUGUCUGAGAUGCCGCUUGGAAAACUGAGCAAGAGCAAUAUCCAACAAGGUUUUGAGGCCUUGACACAGAUACAAAAUUUGUUGGAAAACACGGGUCUUCAACCUUCUGUUAAAGAGAGCUUGAUUGUUGAUGCCAGUAAUCGCUUUUUCACUAUGAUUCCUUCUAUUCAUCCUCAUGUAAUUAGAGAUGAAGAUGAUUUCAAGUCAAAGGUCAAAAUGCUAGAAGCACUUCAGGACAUUGAAAUAGCCUCCAGAUUGGUGGGCUUUGAUGCAGACAGUGAUGAACCUCUUGACACCAAGUAUAAGAAGCUUCAGUGUGAUAUGGUACCCUUGUCACAUGAUAGUGAAGAUUAUCAAUUAAUUGAGAAGUAUCUUCUCACUACUCAUGCCCCUACACAUACGGAAUGGAGCCUUGAACUCGAAGAAGUUUUCUCACUUGAGAGGGAAGGAGAGCUUGAUAAGUUUGCACCUAAGCGUGAGAAGCUUGGCAACAGAAUGCUCCUUUGGCAUGGUUCCCGAUUGACAAAUUUUGUUGGGAUCCUUAGCCAAGGACUCAGAAUUGCUCCUCCUGAGGCUCCAGCUACUGGUUACAUGUUUGGCAAAGGGGUUUACUUUGCUGACCUUGUCAGCAAGAGUGCACAGUAUUGCUUCACUGACAAGAAAAAUCCAGUGGGCUUGAUGCUAUUGAGUGAAGUAGCUCUUGGGAAGGUUCAUGAACUCAAAAAAGCCCAGUACAUGGACAAACCUCCAAGAGGGAAGCACUCUACCAAAGGACUUGGUAAGAAAGUGCCUGAUGAGGCUGGAUUUGCAAAAUGGCGGGAUGAGGUAGUUGUGCCUUGUGGGAAACCAGUGGAUUCUAAAGAUAAAACAUCUGACCUGAUGUACAAUGAGUAUAUUGUUUAUGACGCUGCUCAAGUUAAGAUGCAAUAUUUGCUGAAGGUUAGGUUUCGCUACAAGAGAUAAUGAGUUACUGAGGAUCGACUUGCCACAGCUGUGUACAGUUUUAGUUUUUUUGUCUUUUGAUGCCCAACCGUGUAGAUUUGAACUGAUUUUAGUAUUUUGCUACCUUCUUCAGUUGAAGAUCUCAUUUUGGGGCUUCUUGGAGAUCCUCUUCUGUUCAUAGUUCUUAUAAAUGUACUAAAACGACGAUUAGCUCAAAUCUUAUCCUAGUUCGUUACUA